AUGUCGGAUCCCACACGCUCCUCCUUCUAUCUCCCGGCUCAAGAUGCCAGCGAGGCCGAUGUUCCCGGCGUCAAGAAGAAGAGCUUCAGUAAGAAGAUGGCGAAGAGCUUCAAGGUGAAGGAACUCAUGACCCCUCGCGGCAGCAGCCUCAGCGGCGACCUGUCCCCCGCACCCUCCGCCAAGUCUGUGGAGGGGACCUCCAACAGCUCAACCAUGCGUGCCAUCCUGGGCCGCACCUCCAGCGGGCCCAAGAAGGCUGCUGCUCAGUCCAACGGCCCUUCCAACGGCGCUGCCGGGGGCGAGGGGCCCAAGGCGGCGCCCAUAGCCACGGCCAAGAGCGCGGGGUCCGGCCUCCUUGGCGAGCCCAGUCUGGAAUGGUCGUCCGGCUUCUCAGGGCGGUACCAGCCUUCCAAGAAGACAGCGCCAGCGGCGCCCAGCGCCAAGGCUGGGGCUGAGGUCUCCGAGCAGGCCAAGACGCCGGCGCAGCCUGCCAGUCCCGUGAAGGCGGAGCCUGCCCCUGCCCCUCCCCCGCCGGCACCCGUGCAGCUUCCCGCCGCCCCAGCCAUCGCUGUGACGCAGCCUGAGUGCAAGGAGGAGGUCCAGGUGACCAUCCGCGCUGGUCCAGUGGAGGGCAAGCCCAGCCCCGCCCUUGCCUCGACCAAUGUCAAGGUGGAGGUGCGGACUGACCCCACAGUAAGGGAUGCGUCAGCCAAGCCCGUCAAGGCGGCGCUCGCCCCAUCCCCCGUCCCCGCAGCGGCCACCGUCGUGGAGACGCAGGCCCCGGCCGUGCGCCCCGGCACCGUGGCUACCGCCAGGCCGAAGCAGGCAAGGCGUGAGAGCGGCCUCGGGGGUGCCCUGCGCGGACUGGUCUGGCUGGGAGCCGCCACGGCCAUCGGCGUCCUCGCCGCCAAGCAGGCGCCCGCUCUGCGCCGUACCCCUGCUUCCAAGAGGGAAUGA